GCAUUGUGGGUGAUAUACACCUCUGAGUGAACAUGUUGUUGACUUGCUCCCUCAGCCCUCCGAGGGUCGAUCUCACCAAGUUCACUUCAGUUUUUCAGACAAUUGGAAGGACACUUGGAUUGUAAGGACAGUGCCGAGGGGAAGUCUACGAGGGCAUGUUGAACGACUAUUGAAACGCAGCGCGAACUCGCUCACUGGCGUCUUUCUUCUUCUUUACAAAUGUCCCACUCAACGCUGCAUCUGCCGCCAUCCUCAGACCUUGUGACAAUGGCUGACAUCCCUGGAGGAUUCACUGAGACAAGGAAUGCCACUGAGGAAAUUCAGAAGAUUUGUGAUCAGGUGACGUGCCAAGUGGAAGAUAAGACAAAGAAGAAAUAUGUGGAAUUCAGAGCAGUUAAAUACAGAAGUCAGGUUGUGGCUGGAGUAAACUACCUCGUCAAGGUUAAUGUGGGAGGAUGCAGUUACCUUCAUCUGAAAGUCUUCCAAAACCUGCCAUGUUAUGGAGGAGAGAUUGUGCUGCGUGGUGUACAGGAGGACCAUCAUGAAGAAGAUCCCAUCGUACCUUUCUAAUGUGAUCACACAGCCUGUUUCAACUGCUCACUGCCUCCAGCCACAUAAUGAAAUUCACUGCUUCUUUCUCCUGUUAUAAUUAUACACAGUAGUAUUCCUUUACAAUAAUGUUAUAGGCAGUGUUUCAUUUCCAAUGUAUCAACACACAUACAGUAUGUGAGGAUAUUCAGCUUUGGAAGUGAGAAAGUUGAAUUAACUAUUUUGUAAAGGAAUAAUAAAGAAUGCAUCAGAAAAUGAGGUUCAUUGUGAUUUUUAAUUGCAAGUGCUGCGUGUCAGUGAAGUCAGAUUUCUUGCAGGCCAUGUGAGUACUUGGUUAGAAAACAAUGUGGGACAACAAAAUGUCACAGAUAUGCCAGGCCUCAUAAGCACACCAGUCACCUCAGUAUGUGUCCGACCGUGUUCACACGUAGGACUCUACAUGCCGCUUGGUAUAACAACCCUGUGUCUGCUCUCUCCAGCGAUCCCCGUCCUCCACGCUUCAGUCUCACCAUACCCACUCUGUAUUUGGUUGUACUCCAAUAAAGUGCAAUCUUGUUCAA